AUGGCGACUUCAACGAAUCCCAUCAUGGAAUCUUUGAUCAAUCAUAUUGUUCUCCCGCCGCGUCUUCCUGGCAGGGACGACAGAAAUGAAAAAUUAGAGAACGGCCUCAUAGAUCAUUUUAUCACGGCUUCAAAGGCCAUGAGAGAUAUUACGAAUGACAAACUCUCCGAGAAUUGGGAUUGGGUUCGUCGAUCGUUGGAAACCGCAAAAGUCUUAAAUGCUCGAGGAAAACUGACGAAAGCUACACUCUUAUCCGAGUUCCGAUCUCUCCAGCAGAAUGUUUACCUGAUUCUCAAUAUUGCGGAGCAGAAUGCAGCUUUACUUAUUCAUUGUAUCGAGGAGCGCGUAGUCUUCGAAUGUAUGGAAACAUCUGCAUCGGCAGAGGAUGUGUUAGAUGCGGAGAAUGCCUUAGAAUGGGAUUUUCCUGGGUAUGCCGUCGAUGUUCCAUUGUCAACAUUCCGCCAGCCCGAUUUCCUAGAAGAAUUGGCCGUUUUCUUGGAGCAAGCUAGUACUGAGUCAAUCAAACGAUUCGCCGCGAGAACUUUUAAAGCUGGCUCGCUUAUUAUCGAAGCACGCGACAGUGCCUCUUGCGCGCUCAUAUCACAGAUGCUCAUGACACUAUUGGAAGGCAAUGGUCGGAGGAUUUAUCCUUCAAUUCUAAAGAAGCGAGUUCGAGACGAUGUGGUAUGGUUUAAUGCCGAAAAGCCAUGGAGACGAAACCCUCUUUACCUCGUACUGCGAGUCGCCCUCCAAAGACAGCUAUAUUCGAUGUCAGAUUUUGGCCGGACGCAGUAUAAAUUUAUGAGAUGCCUAGCUAUGGCACAGGUUCUUGAACUAAGCAUCCACGGCGUUAAUCUCGAGUUACUAGCAUUCUUAAAAGCCAAGCUAUGCCGACGGCUUGCCAAACUCGAAAAUGAUGGCGAUAAAGAAUCGAGCGCCCUAGGAGCUAUUCAUGAGCAAACAUUCAUAACCUUGCGACCCAUUUUUCAGAAAGCAAUUCGGCGGGCCUCGGAACAUAUCGAAUUGGAGUGGGUAACUUUCAAGCAGUCUAACCAGCGACCAGUCAUGCCACUGCCAAGACGUGCUGCUGAUCGUGAUUUGGACUUAACUCUCCCCAACAGCGGUGUUUAUCUGCAGCGCAUCAUGGCCGAGGCUCUGCGUGUACCUCCGCGAACGCACAGCCGUCUUUCUGUAGACGUAUCAGCAGCUGCCUCUAGGAAGAUUGGGAAUUUCGGAAACCGCUAUAUCGAACUUAGCGACAUGGAAAGUAGCAUUGAGUUGAAAAAUCGUCCUCCAUCUGCUUCCAUUACUGAAAACGAAUCACGCUGCAGGGAGGUUUCUAAACAAAUAAACGCAUACCUCAAUGCAUCCAAAGGUGCUUAUUCUGCUAACUCGGAAGAACGCUCUAUAAUGCUAUUGAGCAUCAUGGAGCUUUGGAUGUCUUUGGAUAAGUGUGCAUGCGUUGUUUAUCCAUUACUUCGAGAGUUUCAUCCUCUCUUCACGUCUGAGAUGUUGGAUGUCUUGCAGCUGUCUCUAUUUAAAGAUAUGUGCCGACUGCAGAAAGUCCAGGAAUAUUUGCAAGGUCGCUGCAGAACUGCGGUCCACGAGCAUCCUUUGCCUUCAGAUCCAACUCGAGUGAAGGCACUUUUGAAAGAUUAUCCGGGACUUUCGAGAUAUAUGAGGAAUGGAGUACAUGGGAUUUCAUUGGGAUCGACAACAAAAAGAUUUCACAAAACUCACUAUCGCAUGGUUAUGUUCCCUGUUGAUAUUGAUGAUCUUGCAACUCCCAAUGUUGCCAAUUUAGCCUCCAAAUUACUCCACACUGCUCGGUCAAUUACCGCAUCUUGGGUCAAGGUUCUCAGAGAAGAAAUUAGGCAGGCAAUAGAUUCUGAUACCGCUUCCAGAUGCCAAACAUAUUGUUUAUGGGCUGCUUUACUCUGUCGGCGAACAUUUUUUCAUCAAAAUGAUGCACUACUAGAUCCAGAAGCUCUCCGUUGUUUUAUCGAAUGCUCAAUCACGCUGCAAGAUAAUCUUUCUAAUGAUCCUGCCCUGGCCCCGGCUGGGCUCAAGAAUGCUAUCAUUCGAGAUUUGAAAGCUGUCUAUCAUAUGCGACAUCUUCUACGGGAAUCUCUGCUUGCUAGCCCUCAAUCUCUACUGCUAGCAGUGGGCAUUGUCUGGCCACUACCAGAAGGAAGUGAGCCACGUGUAUCUUCAACGUUGAUUUUUGAUUGCCCUGAAAAAUGGUGGGUUUAUGCAAAAAUCGUUAGUUCGGCUCUCAUGAAGGAACAAACACUGAGUUUCCAUCUAUUCUACGGUUACCUCUUGAUAGAUGGUCAGCCUCUGGGAAUGCUUCCGGCUGAUUAUAGAGCAUCGACCAUUCUGAAAGAUCUCUUCGGGGAUGUCAACCUUCUCACCUUUCCUUCAUCGUUGCCCGGCUCCAAGUUCCAGUUAACAAACGAUCAGUUCGGUCAUACCAUUCAUCUUGGGUCUCGCGAUGGAAAUGUCGUUGUUCGAGCCUGUUUAGGAAAUACCAUUCUGGAGUUUAUACCCAGUCGGGUAUUUCACACUGGGUCCAAUUAUGAUUUGCCAAUACCAUUAUUGUUCGAUUGUGUUCACCGCUGA